AUGGACGCCAUUGAUUCCGUCUUCGAUCCACUCAGAGAAUUCGCUAAGGACAGUGUUAGGCUUGUCAAGCGUUGUCACAAACCCGAUCGCAAAGAAUUCUCUAAGGUGGCUGUUCGUACUGCGAUUGGAUUUGUUGUGAUGGGGUUCGUUGGGUUUUUCGUUAAGCUUAUCUUUAUCCCGAUAAACAACAUCAUCGUUGGAUCUGGAUGA